AUGAAAUACUUCGUUUUUCUCGCUCUUGUCGCCGUCGCCACCGCCGCGACGUUCCAACAUCGGGCUGGAGCCGACGACACGGCGGCUCUUCUGACCGGAGGAGUCAAACCGGCCGCCUGCCUUCCCGAUGAUCCGCUCAUCUCCAUCUUCAUGGACCUUUUCAAGGUUUGUUGUUGUACAAUUAUAUUAUUUUUUCAGUAGAGCUGGCUGAGGGCCUCUAGUUUGAAUACUUUCCUGCCUUCAACCAAAAAAAAAAACUCAAAAAACGAUUAUUUACAUACUUUAUCCGUCAUCUGAUUUCUCUCCACCCUCUCUUCCUUCGGUGACACUCUCACUUUCACAUGCUAUUUUAAAUUUUCUAUGAACCCACUGAUGAGGGAGAAGAGAGCGCAGGCAGGUCAGACUGGUUCGAGUAGUAGAAAGGACGAAGAGCCGGCUAGAAGGAUGAAUUUGAAAAUCAUAAAAAAUGUUCAGGACGAAGAAGUGAUGAACGUGGUGCACAGGGCGAUGUUCGAGAGCAAGUUCAACUUCUCGAGCUACGAAAAGAUCACCCAAACUGUCAUCCGAAGGGUCAUCCGAUGGGUCAACAACAACAAGCAGUGCAAUUGCAAAGUCCCAAUCCGUGAGUCCAUUGGAUACUUUUGAAAUAAUGGAACUUUUUUUCCAGAUUAA